GUAAUUUUAUGCAAGUUUCAUCGUUGUUCAUAAAUAUUAAGAUUCUCAAGAUCCCACUAAAACGAAAACGUAACUCAGGAGAACUGUUUUCGAAGUCGCUUUUGUCAAAUUAUCAGACACUACCGUAUUUUUUUGUCCUUGUUGACACAUUUUUUGAAUUUUCUUCGACUCUUACCAACAUUCACUCGUAAUAACACAUUUAAAAAAAAAAUGUUGAAUAACGGUACAUCUGUUAAUAUUUAAUGAAUUAUUUCCAGUUUACAACGAUAUUCAUUUUCGCUUUGUUUAACUUACCAGCCACGACACUACACAGCUCUUUGUCUAAAUUACCAAUGAGAUGUAAAACAUUGUCAGUCAACUGAUAAUUAUUGCCCACGGUAUUUGAAACCUACGUAAGUGGAACCUAAUUCACGAAGGAGGUAAAAAUUGCCACUUAUGUUUUGCAUACCGUUUUCUUUGAAACAUGGCAAUUUACCAAACUUCCUUGAGUUAGGGAUUUAUCAUGCCUACCGUUUCCUUCUGUUGUGUUUUCAUCUUGCUGUCUACUCUGACAACGAAGACUCAUUGUUCUUCAGACAUCAACGAAUGCCAAGCUUGUCACAAAGACGCGUAUUGUACCAACUAUGAUGGAGACUAUACCUGUACUUGUGUGUCCGGGUACACUGGUAAUGGCACGGUAUGUAUAGCGCCAGAAAAAUGCCAAGCACCACUGGACCUAAUCUUUUUACUCGACGCAUCAGGGAGUGUUGGAAAAGACAACUACGUAAAAGAAAAAGAAUUCAUUAAGAUUGUGGCAAGCAGAUACGAACUAGGGAGAACCAGCCAAGCUGCUGUUAUUGUAUUUAGCAGUCGAGCAUCUAACAAAGUUCCGCUAGGCUCGAAGAACACAACGCUAUCGUUUGCUUCUGCGGUGGACAAUAUCCCGUAUGUCAGGGGGAUUACCCGUAUUGACCUCGCACUUCGUCUGGCCUACGAUGAGUAUUUUUCAUUAGAAGUCUCGAACGAUACUCAGAAACUAGUCAUAUUGUUGACUGAUGGGAUACAAAGUCGAUGGCCUGAUAUGAAUCCACCUUACAUUCCAAUAAAUGAUACAGUACAGUUCCUCCGUUCCAAAGCAGCUCGCAUCUAUGCUGUUACUAUUGGGAGUAAUAUUAACAUGACAGCGAUGAAGGCUGUUACUGAGGAAGAUAACCAUAUAUUUCAAGCCACUGAAUUCAACGAUUUGGUAGCAAAGGCCGACUCAAUUUCCAAGACAUCAUGCGUCGACGCUCUCCACACCCAAGGGAUCACGUUUUGCAGUUCUGAUCCACAAAUGACAAAUUGCGAAUUUCCAGCACAUUGCGUCAACUCGAGUACUGGUUUUUCGUGUAUAUGCAGCGAUGGCUUCGUUGGUGAUCCACCCCUGUGUGAAGACGUGAAUGAAUGUAGCAAUGGCUCACAUAGCUGCCCGGCCAAUGCCUACUGUGUCAACAACGCAGGCUCGUACAACUGUUCAUGCAACCAGUCGGGAUACAGUUAUGACGGCAGCAUGUGUUUAGACAUCAACGAAUGCCAAUCUCUAGCAGAUGCUUGUCACAAAGACGCGUAUUGCAGCAACUAUGAUGGAAACUAUACCUGUGCUUGCGUGUCAGGGUACACUGGUAAUGGCACGAUAUGUAUAGCACCAGAAAAAUGCAAAGCAUCACUAGACCUAAUCUUUUUGCUCGACGCAUCAGGGAGUGUUGGAAAAGACAACUACCUGAAAGAAAAAGAAUUCAUCAAGAUUGUAGCAAGCAGAUACGAACUAGGGACAACCAGCCAAGCUGCUGUUAUUCCAUUUAGUUCUCAAGCUUCCAACGCAGUUCCGCUAGGCUCGACCAAAACAGCGUUAUCGUUCGCUUCUGCGGUGGACAAUAUCCCGUAUGACGCAGGGUCUACCCGUAUUGACCUCGCACUUUGGCUGGCCUACGAUGAGUAUUUUUCAUCAGAAAUCUCGAACGAUACUCAGAAACUAGUCAUAUUGUUGACUGAUGGGAUACAAAGUCGACGGCGCUAUAUGAAUCCACCUUAUAUUCCAAUAAAUGAUACAGUACAGCUCCUCCGUUCCAAAGCAGCUCGCAUCUAUGCUGUUACUAUUGGAAGUAAUAUUGACAUGGCAGCGAUGAAGGCUGUUACUGAAGAAGAUGACCAUAUAUUUCAAGCCACUGAAUUCAACGAUUUGGUAGCAAAGGCCGACUCAAUAUCUAAGACAUCAUGCGUCGACGCUCGUGAGCUGUUAAUUUUGUAUUUUCUAUAAGUUAUUAACCUGUAAAGUUGCUUUGUAGGUUUACAAGCUUGCUAGUAGUAGUAGUUU